GAUGGCGGCCGCCGCAGGUAGAUCGCUCCUGCUGCUCCUCUCCUCCCGAGGCGGCGGAGGCGCCGGCGGCUGCGGAGCGCUGACUGCAGGCUGCUUCCCCGCGCUGGGCGUCAGCCGCCACCGGCAGCAGCAGCACCACCGGACGGUGCACCAGAGGCUCUCUUCUUGGCCUAGCGGAGUUGUUUAUUGCAGUACUGUUGUGCCCUCUGAUGAUGUGACAGUGGUGUAUCAAAAUGGGUUACCUGUGAUAUCUGUGAGGCUACCAUCCCGGCGUGAACGCUGCCAGUUCACACUCAAACCUAUCUCAGACUCUGUUGGUGUGUUUUUACGACAACUACAAGAAGAGGAUCGGGGAAUUGACAGAGUUGCAAUCUAUUCACCAGAUGGCGUUCGAGUUGCUGCCUCAACAGGAAUAGACCUCCUCCUCCUUGACGACUUUAAACUGGUCAUUAAUGACUUAACGUAUCAUGUACGACCACCAAAGAGAGACCUCUUAAGCUAUGAAAACGCAGCAACACUGAACGAUGUAAAGACACUGGUCCAGCAGUUAUACACUACUUUGUGCAUCGAGCAGCACCAGUUAAACAAGGAAAGGGAGCUUAUCGAAAGAUUAGAAGAUCUCAAAGAACAACUGGCGCCCCUGGAAAAGGUACGAAUUGAGAUUAGCAGAAAAGCUGAGAAGAGGACCACUUUGGUGCUAUGGGGUGGACUUGCCUACAUGGCCACGCAGUUUGGCAUUUUGGCCCGGCUUACCUGGUGGGAAUAUUCCUGGGACAUCAUGGAGCCAGUUACCUACUUCAUCACUUAUGGAAGUGCCAUGGCAAUGUAUGCAUAUUUUGUAAUGACACGCCAGGAAUAUGUUUAUCCAGAAGCCAGAGACAGACAAUACUUAUUAUUUUUCCAUAAAGGAGCCAAAAAGUCACGUUUUGACCUAGAGAAAUACAAUCAACUCAAAGAUGCAAUCGCUCAGGCAGAAAUGGAUCUUAAGAGACUGAGAGACCCAUUACAAGUGCAUCUGCCCCUCCGACAGAUUGGUGAGGAAGAUUGAUCUGCAGAGAGCCUCUGAAUCCCAGCAGAAAGAACAUCUGUUUAUAACUAUGGCCUUUUUAAUUAAAGCAUUGCAGGUGGAAGCUGGGAGCCAUGUCUGGGUAGAGGGUUUUUAACUUUAAUUAAAAAACAAAAACAAAAAGAUCUUAGGGAAGAAAGGAAUGUUAAAAUCUGACCAUCAGGCUUUGUGGAAUAUAAGCUCAAAGGGCUUAGUGAAUAUUGUCUUAAUCAAGAAUCUCAGUUUCUGGAUGAAAAUCAUGUAUUAUUAUUAUAGUUGAGAGAAAGUGAUGCUAGGGGGUGUUGUUUCUUGCAUCUUCUUUUCAGGGUCAGCAAAAUAGUAACACACCAGCACCCCACUCAGCUCUAAAUUUUUUUUUAAUUUAACUUUUCUUAUUUUUGACAUAGCAGUAAAUAAAUAUACCAGAAAAGCAAACCCUCGAGAUAUGUGGGUGGCAAACAGAGUCUGAGUCCAUGUCAUUAGCAUUUAUUUUAGAUUGGACCCAGUCUCUGCAAAGUUACCAGGAAUCUCUCCCGUUUGUGCCCCAUUUCUGACCACCCACACCUGUUGGUACACUAAUUUUAUCCAUAUGAUAAUUGGAACCAACUUAUGACUGUUUGACAAUUGACACUUUGGAUUAUCCCUUAAUACCUUCUUAAAUGUCUCAAUAUUCCAGUUCUCUGGAUCACUGUCUAGAAAUAAUUGGCAACAAUGCAUGAGGUUUUUUUGUUUUGUUUUUUACUAAUUAAUCUUUUUAAGAGGAGGACAGAUUUCCCUCCUUUAUUUAACUAUCCCAUUGAUACUCCCCUCUCCCUCCACAGCUAAAGCCAGAGGCGGAGUGUUCAGCUGUAUUACCAAAUCAGGAAGAUGUAAGGUUUACAAAAUGGCUAAAAACCAUGGCUCUGUAGCCAUUUCAGAACCAGAAUAGUUUCACUGCUGUUAAUCUGUUUGUGUGACAGCAUUCCAGGCCACCCAGAUGGCACUACCUUGUCUGGAGACCUUGUUAAUCUCGAAGGACACACACUCCCACACUGUUUGUGAGCCCUCCCACCUCCACCACUUCAGUAGUUGUAAAUCAAGUGUGUGGAUCUCAAAGGGUACAAUUUA